UGUUAGUUGCAGGCUGUUGUCGCCGAAGUGGCGGAUCGUUUUUCUAGGGAACUUAAACACACUGGAUCCAAAAGUCCGUCUCUCUCGUGCACAGUUCGGAACUGCCAUGGAUGUUGCGUCUGUAUUUGCAUUUAUAAUUAUUUUUCCAUUCUGUCAACGUACGAGCAGCCUUUAUAUCGCCAGUAGUAUAGACUCUUUACAGCAUGUCCUAAGGGAAUACGGAGUGGUAAAGCCAGUAAGCACAGAUGUAGAGGGCAGGUUCCUAUCGCACGCUGUAUCAGCCGAGAGGCUGAGCGGGCAGGUGCACAGGCGAUGGAGGAGAGAGACGGAGGCAGCCAAUGAGAAGGACGGGGAUCGCCGCACGAGACCCUGGGAGGUUCUGUUUUACAACGUCACCGUCUUCGGCCGGGAGUUCCACCUGCGCCUGCGGCCCAACUCGCGGCUGGUGGCACCCGGAGCCAGGGUGGAGUGGCAGGAGGGCGAUGACGUGAAGCACACGGAACCCAUAGUGGGAAACUGCCUCUACACUGGUGACGUCGCGGACGUGAAGGGCGCGUCAGUUGCUAUCAGUAAUUGCGAUGGAUUGGCUGGGAUGAUCAGGACAGAGCAGGAGGAAUACUUCAUCGAGCCCCUGGAGCGGGGGGGUCAGAUAACGGGGGAGGAGGAAGGGCAGGGCGGCCGGCCCCACAUAGUGUACCGCUCCUCAGCCGUCAAGAGGCCUCCUGCCAAUCACCCUGUCGACUUUCCCUCCCCAGGUUCCGCACUGGAUGGACUGACUGACCUGGAGACACUGUUCAGAGGAGUGGAGCAGAACCUGAACCGGACCCGGUCGCAGAGGGUCCGCAGGCAGGCGACAGACCAGCCCUACAGCAUCGAGGUGCUGCUGGGAGUGGACUACUCUGUGGUUCAGUUCCACGGGAAGGAGAGCGUCCAGAGGUACCUGCUGACCCUCAUGAACAUCGUGAAUGAAGUUUACCAGGACAGUUCCCUGGGGACCCGGAUCAACGUGGUUCUGGUGCGGAUGAUCAUGCUGAGCUAUGCAAAGUCCACGAGUCUGAUAGAGCUGGGGAACCCCUCUCAGAGUUUGGAGAAUGUUUGUCGGUGGGCCUUUCUGCAGCAGAAGGAGGAUGCAGGCGAUGCUGAGCAUCACGACCACGCCAUCUUCCUCACCCGCCGCGAGUUCGGCCCCACUGGCAUGCAGGGUUACGCCCCAGUGACGGGAAUGUGUCACCCUGUGCGUAGCUGCACCCUAAACCAUGAGGACGGCUUCUCCUCCGCCUUUGUGGUCGCACACGAGACUGGACACGUGCUUGGCAUGGAGCACGACGGGCAGGGGAAUCGCUGUGGAGACGAGGUGCCCAUGGGGAGCAUCAUGGCGCCGCUGGUCCAGGCCGCUUUCCACCGCUUCCACUGGUCCCGCUGCAGCCAGCAGGAACUGAGCCGCUACCUGCACUCCUACGACUGCCUCCGGGACGAUCCCUUCGACCACGACUGGCCCUUGUUGCCACAGUUACCGGGGAUCCACUACUCCAUGAACGAGCAGUGUCGCUUCGACUUCGGCAUUGGCUACAUGAUGUGCACGGCGUACAGCACUUUCGACCCCUGCAAACAGCUGUGGUGCAGCCAUCCUGAGAACCCCUUCUUCUGCAAGACCAAAAAGGGCCCGCCGAUCGAUGGAACCAUGUGUGCACCCGGGAAGCACUGCUUUAAGGGUCACUGCAUCUGGCUCACCCCGGACGUCCUGAGGCAGGACGGUAACUGGGGCGCAUGGAGCAAGUUUGGGACCUGCUCUCGAACCUGCGGCGCGGGUGUGCGGUUUCGCACCCGCACGUGUGACAACCCACCCCCUGCUAACGGGGGACGCAGCUGUUUAGGGCCCAACAGCCAGUUCCAGAUCUGCAACACAGAGCAGUGUGACAGGCUCUUCGCCGACCUUCGGGAGGAGCAGUGUCAGAUGCUGGAGCCCUUCUUCGAGUUCCAGAACGCCAAGCACCACUGGCUGCCCUUCGAGCACGAAGAUCCUAAGGAGAACUGCCAGCUGUACUGCCAGUCCAAGGAGACGAUGGACGUGGUGGACAUGCAGAGGCUGACACACGACGGGACGCGCUGCUCUUACGGGGACCCCUACAGCAUCUGCGUGGGCGGAGACUGUGUGAAAGUCGGCUGUGACUACGUGAUUGGCUCAGCCUUGCAGGAGGACAAGUGUGGAGUGUGCGGGGGGGACAACUCCACCUGCAAAAUCAUCAAAGGCAGCUUCACUCGCAGUGCCAGGAAACAAGGCUUUCUGAAGAUACUGGAGGUUCCCAAAGGAGCGAGGCAUCUGGUUGUCCAGGAGUUUAAAGGAACGGAGCAUAUCCUGGCGCUGAAGAAUGAAGCCACAGGGCACGUGUUCCUGAACGCGAAGGGCGAGUUUCCGGAGUCACGGACCGUGGUGGAGAAGGGCGUGGCCUGGGAGUACCAGAACGAUGACGACAAGGAGACGGUCCAGACCGAUGGACCGCUGAGAUACGCGGUUCUGGUCAUGAUCCAGGUUCAGGGCGACUCCAAGGUCACGCUGUCCUACAAGUACGUGAUACACGAAGAGCUGCAGUCCUCCGUGGAGACCAACGCCCUGCAGGACGACUCCUUCUACUUCGAAUGGGCCCUGAAGAAGUGGUCGCACUGCUCCAAGCCCUGCGGAGGAGGUAAGCAGUAUACACGGUUUGGCUGCAGGAGGAAGUCAGACAGUAAGAUGGUCCAUCGCACAAACUGCCAAAACGUGAAGAAACCCCGAGCCAUGACCAGAGACUGCAACCAAAAAGAGUGCUCCCUGGCAAUCUGGGAGGUGGGGGAAUGGGAGCCCUGCAGUAAGUCCUGUGGUAAGGCUGGCUUCCAGGUUCGGCCUGUCAGCUGCAUCCAGGCUCUGUACGACGGAACCAACCGCUCCAUGCACAGCAAGUACUGCAGCGACGGCCGGCCCGAGUCCCGCCGCGCCUGCAACCGCCAACCCUGCCCCGCCCAGUGGAGGGUGGGGCCCUGGUCACAGUGCUCAGUGACCUGUGGCAAUGGGACUCAGGAGCGGCAGGUUUUGUGCCACACGCACGCCAACACUAUCGGCCUGUGCAUGGACACCAAGCCGGACACCGUCAAGACCUGCUGGAUGCUGCCGUGCACAAAGAGUUCUCCCGACCACAACAGCAAAGGGAACUUCCUCAUACACUGGCUCUCCAGACCGGACCCAGAGUUUCCGUUCCGGAAGAUUUCUUCAAGCCCGCGCUGUCGAGGGGAUAAGUCCCUUCUCUGCCGCAUGGAGGCCCUAAACAAGCACUGCUCCUUCCCCAGCUUCAGGCAGAUGUGCUGCAAGACAUGUGACACGGCCAACCACACAGCCAGCCCCGUUCCCACCGACAACGAUGACAAUACUACAGGUCUUACUCAUUCAACCAGGGAAUAUAGCACAGCUCCUACCCAUUCAACCAGGGAAAAUACCACAGCUUCUACCCAUUCAACCAGGGAGUAUACCACAGCUCCUACCCAUUCAACCAGGUGGUAUAACACAGCUCCUACCCAUUCAACCAGGGAGUAUAGCACAGCUCCUACCCAUUCAACCAGGGAGUAUACCACAGAUUCUACCCAUUCAACCAGGGAGUAUACCACAGAUUCUACCCAUUCAACCAGGGAGUAUACCACAGCUUCUACCCAUUCAACCAGGGAGUAUACCACAGCUUCUACCCAUUCAACCAGGGAGUAUACCACAGCUCCUACCCAUUCAACCAGGGAGUAUACCACAGCUCCUACCCAUUCAACCAGGGAGUAUACCACAGCUCCUACCCAUUCAACCAGGGAGUAUACCACAGCUCCUAACCAUUCAACCAGGGAGUAUACCACAGCUCCUACCCAUUCAACCAGGGAGUAUACCACAGAUUCUACCUAUACAACCAAGCAGUAUACCGCAGCUCCCAGCCACACAACCAGGAAGUAUACCACAGCUCUUACUCAAUCAACCAGGGAGUAUAGCACAGAAAAACAUCACUCAGACAGGAACUAUACCAGACACAUAAGUCAUAAAAACAGGAAGUAUAACACAGAUAUAAUUAAUUCAAACAGGAACUAUACAACAAACAUACGUUACAUAAACAGAAAAUAUGCUAAAGAUAUAAAUUAUUCAAACAGGAAUUAUACCAAAGGCAGACGUCGUAUAAACAGAAAAUAUACUAAAGAUGUAAUUCGCUCCAACAGGAACUAUACCACAGACAUACAUCAUAUAAUCAGGGAAUAUAUCAAAGAUGUAAUUCACUCAAACAGAACCUAUACAACAAACAUGCGUCUUCUAAAUAGGAAAUAUACCAAAGAUUUAAUUUAUUCAAACAGGAACUACACGACAGACAUAGGUCACACAAAUGGAAAGUAUACCAAAGCUCCUACCCAAACAACCAAGAAGCAAAGCACAGCUACCAGAAAUACAACCGGACAGUACCCUUCUUUUACCAUGUCUCCCAUUACCACGACUCUUAGGCCUACUGCAGCCCUCAGUGAGGUUAUAUUUACCACAGGCACAAUGACCACCACUGCAAUGACCACCAAAGAUACAUCAGUGACGAAGGCUGCUGGCAUCAGCGAUGACGUCACAGUGCCCGGUGCCUCCUUCACUGGUGACCACAAAGCAGUCCUCAUCCCUACCACGUCCGCUUGGGUUGAAGUGAAGCACGAAUCCCAAUCCACCUCUGCCGUGACCACCGGGAACACUUCACCCACAACCUCUCCUGUCGUGACCAAGCAAAUGCUUGUCAUGGAGACCACCGCCGCCAGCAGCGUUCCUAGCAGUAAAGGGGAGGUCGGAGAGAGGAACUCCGUCAACGGGCCGUAUAAAAUCACAUUGGUGGACAAAAAGGUCUCCCAGAACCAGCUUACUGCCAGGAAGAGGCAGCGGUCUGGCGAAAGAACGCGGAACAGGAGGAUUCAGGAGCUCCUCGCUGAGAAGCAGAGGAGGGACUUGCUCCUAAGAGGAAUGGGGUAAAAGUGAGCGUUGGACGGACAUUCCGGUGGCUUCUUUCGUGACGACACAACUUUUCAGUCCAGCAGUGGCUUGCGAGACACAAGGGGGAGGUGGAGGAUGGAGUGGUGUUGAUAAAAAAUGAAUCGGCAGGCCAAUGGGUAUCCCUAAUUGCAACCGUAAGUUUAUUGGUGCUGAAAAAUUCAGGUUCUUGUUCAGAAGUUUGCUUGCCGCCAUUUUCCUCUAACUUUCUCCUCAUCCAAAAUCGUGCUCAUAAUUUAUUUACCUCCACCUAAGAGCAAAUUUGAUGCUGGGUUUUUUUUUUCUUUCCGUAAAAAAAUCAUACAAAGUAAUAUAUAGGAUUAUAUUUGUAUAGAAAAUAAAAGAAAAUAAACUGCAACCCUAAAAGAGGUACAGGAAUGCUUGGGUCGUUUAAUGCUUUGGUGCAAUAUAAAUUUGGUUGUGGUUUAGUCAGGGUUCCAUGCGUUAACCACCUGGCUCUCCAAAUACCACCCCAUAUAGUCAGCACUUAGGUGGUUUUUAAUGUGUAGUGAAUUUUCUGACUACACUAAUUUAUGAAGUUCCUUCUCCAAAGUAUUCAAGAUCUUAUCAUUCAAUGUAGUUUUCUACAUUGUUUUGUUAAACAUUUAGCUAAAUCUGCUCUAAAGGCAAGCUAUUUCUCACUGCCCUUUAUGUUGAUAUUAACUUUGCAAGAUCUGAAAAAAAGAAUGCUUGAUGUGCAAUAUCUGUACAUAUGAAUCAGAACUUUAUUUUUAAUAUUUAUUUUAAAAAUGUCUGUCGUAUUUUGCCAACUCAUUAUUGUGUUUUUGCCUUUUGUUUUUUUUUCAUACAAUACGUAAGCACAUAUUUGAUCUACAUCAAACGUGUUUUUAAAAAAAUACAUAUUUUGCUAACAAUUGACCCGUUGAGAAGGCUGAAAAUGGUGUUCCACAUUUCUUCAAGUGCUUCGGACAUGACCAGUGAAACACUAUUGUACUGGUCCACAAUUUGAUUAAGAUGUGGGACUGCAUGGAUAUAUGCAAUGCCAUCUCACGUCCUAAUCGAACCGUCGUCAAGCCAUACGCAGUUAAGCCAAACAGUCAUAAAAGGUGAGGGAGCACCUGUGCAUGUGCAUUGCUAAAGCAUGUAGCUACUUUAAUGAAGGCUUUCCUGACAUGGAGUUGAGAAUCUCCAAGUCAUGGUAGCAUAGAGUCAGUGAGAAUUCAUUACAUCUCUUUUCUUGGGUCUUAAACCUGAGUAAAUGAAACAAACUGGCUCUGUUAGCUUAAGGGGGGGGGGGCAUCAUAAUAUUUAUGAAAUAAAACUAUUUGUACGGUACUCCACAAAAGAAUUGUUACAACAGGUAGAGAAUGCGGUCGAUUGCAGGCAAGCAUACAGCUGUGGUAAUUAAAAAGUAAUAAAAUAAAAUUUCUGAAUUUAUCUUUGCUGGCAUGCGUGCGAUCAACAACCUGUUGCCCAUUGCAUCAAGAAAGUCUGCCGUGUGUUUCCAGUCAACAGACAGAACACACAGGGACAGAAGGAGGUACAGAAUGAUUAUUAGUUUUAUUAUGUUCAACCAUUGAAAGUAGGAAAGAUACAGAGUUGUAAAGGAAAACAAGCCGACCCUGUUAAUAAGCAUUACUUACAGAGAAUAAAGAAGUAGACAGAAGGGGUGACAUUAAUUUUAAAAUGCCUCGUUUACCAUUAGGGCUCUACAGUUCUUCAUUUUUUGUUAAAAACAGCUGCCUUUUAUAUAUUUAUAGAUAUAUUUUUAUUUUAUUUUAUACAUACACUUUAUGUAACAUUCUUUUUUUUUAAACUUUGUGCAAGUGCUUUGCUGGUAUUCCAUGAAUGGUAAACAAGAGUUGGUCCAGUGCAUUACAUAGUGACAAA